AUGGCCUUGUUCCUGGUGGUUGAGGCAGCCAGGAAGCCCAAGGGUUGGGGAGGGGAGGCAAGAGGGAACGAGGGGAAGGAAAAGGAGGAGAGGAAAAGGCAGGGAGCUUGGCUAAUGAAGAGCCAAUGUAUCAAGGAGGCACACGGUGCCAGGAAGCCUGCUACUGCAGAGGGAAAGUGCAAUGGGGAAGCAGCACAGAGUGCAAGAUUCAAACCUUCAUUUGUUCAUCUUUUCAUUCACUCAUCCAAUAAAAUGAAGGACGCCCAUGCUGUGAUAAUUGCUAUUCAAGAUACAAGUGUAGGCAAAAUGCUAAGGAAAUGUAAAAAAAAGGAGCAAAUUACUGUUGGGUGGGUGGCAGGAGUGGGGAAGUUAGGAAGCAGGCAAAUUUCACUGAAGAUAUUUAGGUCAGGCCAUGAAGAAAGCAAAGGAAAAAACCAGCUCCCAAGUCCUCCCCAGCUCUGA